CAAGGAGACUUGUACCAUGAACGUGGAGGACACGGAUGAGUCACUUUUGGGAUAUUUCGACGACGAAGACGACCUGAACGCCGAGGACGGAGUCAUGGGCUUCAGUGGCUCCCCGCCUGGAGAGGUCAAACCUCGCAUCCUGCUGAUGGGUCUGCGAAGGAGUGGCAAGUCCUCCAUUCAGAAGGUGGUUUUCCAUAAAAUGUCUCCAAAUGAAACGCUGUUCCUGGAGAGCACCAACAAGAUCUGCAGGGAGGACGUCUCCAGCAGUUCCUUCGUCAGCUUCCAGAUCUGGGACUUCCCUGGUCAGAUUGAUUUCUUUGACCCCACCUUUGACUAUGAAAUGAUCUUCAGAGGCACUGGAGCGCUGAUCUUUGUUAUCGACUCGCAGGAUGAUUAUGUGGAGGCGCUGUGCAGGCUGCAUCUCACAGUGACACGGGCAUACAAAGUCAAUCCAGACAUUAACUUUGAGGUCUUCAUUCAUAAAGUGGACGGCCUGACGGACGAGCAUAAGAUUGAGAAGCAGAGGGAUAUUCACAAACGCUCCAACAACGACAUCGCAGAUUCAGGACUGGAGCAAAUACAUCUGAGUUUCUAUUUAACCAGUAUAUACGACCACUCCAUAUUUGAAGCAUUCAGCAAAGUCGUCCAGAAGCUCAUUCCUCAGUUGCCUACUCUGGAAAACCUUCUAAACAUCUUCAUAUCUAACUCCGGUAUUGAGAAGGCCUUCCUUUUAGAUGUGGUCAGUAAGAUUUACAUCGCCACAGACAGCAGUCCAGCCGACAUGCAGACUUAUGAACUUUGUUGUGACAUGAUUGACGUCGUCGUUGACAUCUCUUGCAUCUACGGUCAUGUCUCCACAUUUGGUGACCUUCCACAUGAUGAACAUGUCCACCUGCAACGACCGCUUAUGCAUAUACAAGGAAAAUAUUAUAAAUGGAGUAAAUAUUCCAAAUGUGCAUCCCUUUGAAGGAAUCUUUGACGUGAGGACAAUGUUUUCAGUCAAUAAUGCUGCAGUAUAUUAGUGCAUUUGGUCAUUGACUUUUUGUUUUACGCUGCAACGUGUCUUGUCAAUCUGUGUUUACCAUCUUUAAACCAUGACAUUUAUGACUUAUUAGGUUAUGAUAUUCACGCUAACAUGUAUUUAAAUGGUGUUAUGUGCUUACACAUGAGUGGGAUAGCAUGUGAAAUACACACUAAAUCCACACGCUGCAGGAUUCAGAAGUCUACCAGGGCACACGCCUUGUCACACGGGCACCUCUUGAUGCCAGCGAGGCAGCUAACGUCAGUGCUAUCUGUGCCGCCACGGUUAAGAUUCCCGACUUUUGGCAACACGUGUUUUCAGCAGAUGGAAGCCCAGUUCCAACUGCGAGGAAUAACACAGGACAUGACAAAGUAUUUCCAUACACUGAAACGAUCUGACGGACAGUUUUAGUGGUUUUGAAAGCGUGACUCUUUCAUGCUGUAGAUGUACUUUCAAACCGCUAACCGGCCCAUGCUAGACACAAGUAUUAGUUUUCACAAAACUUGCUGCUUCAGUGUACAGUAUUUAGAUGUUUUUGUCAGAUGACAUUAUGUUGUUCCCCAAGCCACUUGGUUGUGACUUUUGCCUUUGGAGGCAUUGUUUGUCACUAAACCGUUCUUGGUUGGGAUGUUGUCUAGGUAGCAUUCUUUAUCCGUGGUUGUGUUCUUAGGCAAAAUAGGGAGUCAUCCCACUCCCUCGGCUGAGAAGCAACCCCACAUAUGAAUGCUUUUCUGUUGGCAUGACACAGGACUGAUGGUCCGGAUGCCCCUAACAACCAGAAAUGCUUUUGGCCCCGUCUUCUGAGUCUUAGAGCAGAUGCACUCAUGCCUGCAACCAUUAAGCAAUGAUGACUGCACGUGUUUCCUUGCAGGGAAGCAUGGUUAACAGAGGAAAAACAAAGAUUUCAAGCACCGCCCUCCCAUUUUAAAGCUUCCAGUCUCUUAUUGCCGCUCGGUCAGGAUGACAGAGUCGUCUCCAGCCUUUGUCCUUGUCAACGCUCUCACCUACUGUGUGCUAAGCAGACCCUCGCUAACAUGAUGGCAGCUCAUUCUUUUGUGGCAGACCUGAAAUGAAAGUUCAUUUUUAUGACGAAGAUAGACUUUGUCUCUCUCUCUUCACAACAUUCUGGAAUAUAUGCAUAAAAACUGUGGCAGCAAGACUUCAUAAAAUGAAUAUUUGUGUCAUUGUCAAAACUUUAGGCCAUGACGGUUCACUUGUGGCCUGCUCUACUAAGAUCCUAAAUUUUGUGAGCAAGCUAACAAAUUGCACAUACGUUUAGGGGGUGUGUUGCCAAUGACUGCUUGUGCAAUUUUGAAGAGGCGCAGACCGCCCUAUUUAAGUUCACGUUAAGUUAAGUUAUUUGAGUUCAUGGAGGUGGAGGUGGAGGAUGCCAUCUCCAGCAGAGACAUGGCAUCAUCAUAACAAUGCUACAGUGUAAUGCUGUAUUUUGUCAUUUCAUGUUGUGUUGUGGAUUGUCCCAAUAAUCCAUUAAACUAUUCAUCGAACAAUUAAAAACAAAAGAAGUGGAUAAUUAUGCCACCCUCCAUAAAUUGACGCAUGUUUGUAUGUGAGUGUGUUUCAUCUGCUCAUCUCUCUGUGCCACACAGGCCGGAUGACAAGAGGGUUCACUCUGAGUGGAUACAGAAUGCUGGCAUCAAGCCAGCACCAAAUUAGCCUGGUGAGAAAGCAUGAAUGAAGGCAUAGACGCAAUGGUCUCUAUAUUUGGGUUUUAAACAGAAUGAACAAAGUCAGUGCACGAACCCAGACGAACCGAUAUGUGGCAUUUAUUGGAAAGUAGUGACGAGGAAGCAGGGGAACACCACCAACUUGUAUGCGCACCUGAAACACAACCAUCCUUUUCAGGGGGGAAAAACCAGCAGAGCCUUUGUCCCAACAAUGGACAUAUAAACAAAAUGGUGCGCGCUCACAGACAACGUCGCUCCCUGCAUUGCAAAAGAAAUGCAACCAUUCAACACGGUUCUACGGCACACAUUUUAUGCCAUGUAAUUCAUGAAAAAAUGCUCUCAUAAGCGUUGUCGAUAACGUUGAUUAUCGGCAAUAAUUUGUAGCAAAAUCAUCCACCAGCAAAAUUUGCCUCGUUGUGUUAGCGCCGAGCGUUUUCAUUGGCAAAACAAAACGCACCAAGCAUCUGUCAAUUUCAGAUUCACCGACUUAGAUUUUAGUUUGUGAUUGAUUGAAGCAAAACGAUAAAGUUUCAGGCGGCCGUCCCUCAGCUUCUCAUGGCUCCUUCCCAAGACGUCUGCUCGCUUUCAGCUUGGAAUCAUCCCUAUACUGUCCCCACCCACCUUGGCUGAAGGAAAGUGUGGUCUUAGAUGUCUCCACUUGACAACACAUCCCGACCUGGCUCCAUCGAUGCUUUUCCACUCGUGAUACCACCUAGCCACCCUGUGACGCUUUAAAGACGACCAUUACACUUGUAUCCUGUGAUGCAAUAUAAUAGUCACAUGACAUGCUGGAAUGUAGUGGUAAAAGGUCCAUCCAGCAUAUUCAUGUAUCACGUGUGUGUGUUUUCCAUAGGAGAUCGGGCAUGGCUGCUCCAAAUCCGCCCUUCGUUGCUGGAUAGACCGUACGUCUCUCUUAUUUUAUUUUCUGACAGUCCAGAUGUUCUCUGUCUCGGUCGUCUGCUUGCGUCCAUGCUUCUUUCUUGCCACAAUGAGCGGCGGUGUGCAACACUGUGCCGUGCUGAAAAAAGAUGCCAAAACACCGACCACACACAGGUUUCAGCUUUGAUAUCACAUUGCAGGGGCGUCUCUGCUUGCAAAUAUUUAGUGUUCUGAUCAUCUGCAUGUGGAUUCUGCUUACUCAUGAAGACAAACACAUUUGACAGACGCAAUCCUUGUUUGUAGGUCAGCUUUGCGCACGCUACCAAGCAUGCAUGUGUUUUAUCCACGCAAACCUUUGGUAGAUCAGGCCCGUACGUGUAAUAUUCCAAACGUGGCUGCUUGGUUCACAGGAAGGACAUGAGUGUGUGUCUCUUGGCAAUGUCACUACACGGGCUUGCUCUUGAACUGAGCCAAACUCAGCCUGAAGCUGGUGGAUAUUCCCCAAACAUCACACUUAGCUAUGGAAGAGGUACAUCGUGUGAAUCACAUUUUUAGUUCAAUGUGAAUGUCCAACGAUUGUUGCAGUGGGGGAAUGUCCCCAUCUUGACAAAUAGCCUGGACAGCACAUCUCCAUGUUUUUUCACUUGACGUAAGUAUGAGAAGCUUGUCGUAAAGAAGCCUGGCAUGCCCUGUGCUUGGAAAGCUCGGCUAUCCCUCGGCCAACAAACGAAGCCCUUGAAACAACUCUUCUUCUUUCUCAAUUCAUUUUGUGUGUUUGUGUGUGUUUAUUUCAAACGUGCAUCCAAAGUUGCAUUGAAAUGCAUCACAGUGCACGUGCAAGUCAACAAUUCACACUUCAACAUGGGAGCAGGAAGAAGCAGAGCUGAUAGAAUCCUACCCCCUCUCCGGGUGCAAGUCUUCCAGUUCUUAUGUUGUAAAGUGUGCUUAUUUGUGCCUACGUUGCUGAGGUUGUCCUGCCAGUCCCACACUGUAAUCCUCCAUAGGAUUGUCCACAUGGGAACAUUCUUGGGAUCUUUUUUUGGGCGGGUUGGAAAAAAAGGUGUGUCCACACUGUGCCGGAUUAGUAAAUAUUUGCGUCCAGACGGGAACGGAUCACUGGGUGAAAAGAAUGUACUACACAAGGCGCAGCUGCGUGUGGCGCUGUAAGCAAACACUGACACUAAAUGAUAAAAGAAGAAAGAAUGAACGCGCACAGGUCCAUCGUCUUCCGCUUUCCAAGGCUCAUCUAGACUCACCACAAAGUGGAAUUCCUUCUGCGAGUCAUUUUGGAGAAUAAGACAAGAUAUCAGGAGAAUGUGGACUGAGGUGAGUCAUGCCAGUCCAAAUAUUCAGAUAUUAUGUUGGCUUGUCAUCAGAGCUCACUGCUGGCCACGAUUUGAAAUACAGCAGCUGCAGCACAAACAAAGAAGAAGAAGUGCCCACAUCGGGUGUGUGUGUGUCGGUGGGGGGUGGGGGGGGCAACCAGUUAAACCAUUUCUUU